CGAAAAUUUGAUUCUCUACCUAGAACUGGACUUUGAAAUUUUUCGGUAAUCUUCACAGUUUAAGUCUCUGACUCUUUUGGCGAAUGUUUUCAAAAUGUAUUUUGGUGACGAGUGCUUUGCUGCAAGAUUUGUGUCUAUCAGAAAAUUCGCUUCGUCAUCGAUAUUUCUAGCAAAGAUUUCGCCGAUUUCAGUUUUCGAUCUAAAUCCUUAAACUUCAGCAGUCUCUAUUUUCCAGUGGCCUCUUCUUGUCUUUUGAUUUCGUUUUCAGGAACCUUAGUGAAGAACUAACAUCAGAAAGUCCCGAAGCUGACGAUCAAGGUAACUUCACGCUCUUCAAAGUUUGUAUCUGGUAAAUUUGUAAUAGUUCAACUGAUUUCACAUUUAUUCCAUAGAAGCUAGUGUUCUUUAAUCAUAGAAAACUCUGGGAAAGGUAAGUGCUAUGACACCUAAGCCUUUUAUUUUUUCUUGCCUUAAAAACUUUUAGUCGUGAACUUAGGCAUCGGAACCUUCCCAGACAGAGUGCAAUAUUUUUUUGUUCUGGAAAAAUGUGAUUAUUAAGCAAAUUUUCAAAUGGGGGAAUCCACCGAGUAAAACAAAGUCAAAUUUACUUUCAGUAUCGAUAUGCAAAUUUGUCGUUACAAACAAAUCCUCGAGUGGCGGAAACAAAAGAAAAAAGAACCCCUUUAAGACAAAACAGAAAUACACAUCAUAAGAAAACUAUAGCAUGUUGUUCACGAAGAGUUCUGGAAUUUUCUCAUUAAAAAGAAUUCUGAUGCGAUCCUUGAGAGGCUUUCCGAAUAGGACUUCCCAUUAGCCACAUUGCUUUCAAGGGGGAGGGGGUAGGGAGUUGGAAAAACUUUUGCAAUUCAAAUUAUAUCAGUGGUAUUUAUUUUUGGCAGAGUAUUUAAUAAACUGCAGACAGUAAAGGCUUUCUGAAACCAAAGCUUUUUAAGGGUUGAGUUAUUCGCAACGCGAUCAGCACUAGUCCACAAUUAACUCUUAUAGCAAUGCAGAGUUUUUGAACGAAAUUAGCACAGGAUUAGCGCUAAUCAGUUAAAAGAAAAACCGAAAAAAGGAAUUGAUGAGAUGAUCUUGGGAUUUCACCGCCAGUUUUUGUUUUUCAUCAGGAAUUAUUUUUGAGAAAGUGAUAUACAUCUCCUGACUUCCUUCUAGAUUCUCAAAGGAACAUUCUUAGAUUCCAUUGUUUCUUCUUUUUUUUUUAAUAUAAUCUCGUUCUUUACCCACUUUUUUUUUUAGAAAAUAAUAAUGCUGAUUGAAGAUCUUUCCCACGAUAAAAUCAAGCUACUGUAUGCCUUCUUAAAUGAUGGAAUCGGCACGGACUACAAAGCUCUAAUGACGAAGCGCUUUUCGGACCUUUAUUCUCUCGCGGAGGUCACUGAGAUUGAAAAGAGUAAGAGUCCAGCUAAAAAAUUACUCUGCGACCUAAUCAAUCGGCAAAUAACAGUGGAAAGGCUCCUAGAAGAAGUGGCAGCAAUUGGAAACAUAAAGGCCGUAAAAAUUAUAAUGGAGGGUAAGAGUGAUUUGUUAUGCUUCGUUUAAACAGAGUAAUAAACGUUUUCUUCCAUAUGCGAAGAAUUUAGCCACAUGUGAAUUUGAAGCGUUUUCUCGAAAUACGUAUUUUUUCCAACCUUGAUCCAGCAAAUAUUGAAUUUGAGAAUAUUUACACAGAUGUCACGAAAAGAGGGAUAAUUCUUAACUUGCCGGGAGAUUAUCAAUUUUCUCCACGCCACUCCACUGGACAGCCACAGGAGGUACGCGUAUUGUCUAAAUGUGUUUUAUCUACACAAUAACCGCUAAAACGUUCUCAACACUUGUGUCAUAACAAAGCUGGUAAAGUUUAUUUUUGUAUCUUGGCUGACAAAUAACAAAGGAUUUGGUAAAUGAUGAUACGGAAAAACAAGGCUCUACACUUUAACAUAACUAAAACAUAGCCAUUUUAAAGAAGUAUUUGCAUUUAAGCUUAAUGUUAGUGACACAUACAAGAAUAUAUAAGCAAAGUGUAAUAAAAAGUCUAAAGAAGAUGCCACCAUGUGAUCACCUGUGUUUAUGUUUUGGCUUGUUCCCAAUUUUUUGAGAGUAAGCCAAUUCAUAAACAUCGGCCGGUCAAUGCUCAUAUAGAUCCAGCAGUAUCUUUAAUAUUUCUUUGAAAAUUCAAAAUUACGUAAGAUUCAAGCAAUAGAACUCUUUUUUCCCUGUUUACAUAGCUCCAUCUAAAGACGAGAGAAGUUUACAUACUCUCAUUUUAACACACCUAUCGAUCAGUAAGGAUACGGAUAAUAUCUCAGUUAUAUAAAGACAUGUCUAUUGAUCAGAAAGGUUACAAGCCCUUUACAUAAGCAGUACAACUUAAUCAAGUGUAAAUUCAGUGGUAAUCUCGGCAUUGUGUAAAUAAAAGUAAAUUUAGAUAACCGAUAACAAAAAAUACGCACUUGAAAAUUUUUCAAAGACUACAAAUUGCACUUGUCUUAUGGGCUCGUGCAAUUUUGUUGUCUUUGAAAAAUUUACUCGUGCUUAUCUACACCAAAUUUCACUCGAAAUCAUGUUAUUUCCUACACAAGUUUUCUGUUGUAACGAAGUAAUAUUAAUUCCAAUGGAACUGAUUAGUUACUUCCUUUCGUAAACUGAUUCAAUAGCAAUAAUUUAUCAAAUUAAUUUCAAACAGAAUAUUUUUACUUCACUCAUUCAUUAAGGUAUUUAGUUGAGUUCUUUCAACGUUUUAUUUUCUCCUCAUUUAAUUCUAAUCGAUAAACACUUUUAAGUGAAUUCCUCGCUUAAAUACGAUGUGUUUACAGUUGUGGCUGUUAAUUAGAAUCGAAUCGAUUUGUGAUCUUUGCACUAAUUUGAUCUUCCCAGCACACAGAUGCAGUAUUGAUGCAGUACCCUAUUUGGGAACAAGACAAAACAUACUACAAAGCUCCUGUUCCGGAAACAGUAUUCAAUCCUUCACAUUAGAGAAAUGAAGAUUCCGUCAUCACGAAAUGAUGAUUCAUUCUUACAAGGGAUCAUGUAUAUCUAGUGUAAAACGUAUCACAAUGAUACAACUUAAGUGCUGGUAGUAGAAUUUGUUAGAGGCAAAGCUUUAGGAUAGUCUUAACAGAGUAGACGAUCGGCUUUUGAAAAGUCUUUCGGGUUAAGGGGUCUUUUUAAUAAGUGUAAUGGCUAUAAUCGCUUCAUUUAUUUUCCCAAUUGUUUUUGUCUAAAUUUCAGGUGUCUUAAAAGGCAGUAUUUCAUACCAUAAGCUUUAUCAGGUUUAUUCGCAAACUAACUUUCUUUCCAACAUUUUCAUUUAUGCACAUAGACACUUGGAAAUGUCCACUCAAGCUUUUGAUUUACAUUCAGUCUACGACUUUAAAAAGGGCUCUUUAAUUAGUGAUACAUUUUUUUAAUAAGAUUAAAUACAUUAUUAUGCUUUAAUCACCGAAUUAUUAAAAAUUUUUCAUCACUGAGUAUGUUAUUGUUGUUAGAUUCAAAUUUAUUGAUUAUGCUAUUUCGGAAAUACAGCUUAAUAUGGAGAUUUUAAUAAGUUCGUCUCUGCCAUAACUUGUUUUAAGUUUUCUUUCAAGAUGAUUUAGGAAACGGGGGCUAAAUAUUUCAUUAUGAAUAAAACGUGAAGCAUCUGAGAGAAUUACGCUGUCGGUGGGUUCGUGUACUAAAACUAGCUGCAAGUGGAGAAAAAAAUCGUUUCAGAUUGUUUAAUUUGCUUCUAGAAUUGAGUAAUUUCGCUGCAUUGUCGAUAGUAUUCCGGCGUUUUUGCUCCGGAGUUAAUAGUAGCACACAGAGCUAACAGAGAGAUCUUUCUAAAAAAUAUCUCAAUUUUUCCGAUGAAAUCCGUACACCUAACUUUGUGAGAAUCUAUGUUGAGAAAAAUUUUGUCGGUAACGAUAAUUCUCCAUAAGAUAGUGAGUAUUCUAAACAAUAAAUAACUACAACGUGAAGACGAG